GGCGACUCCCGAUGCCCUCUGGGGUAGAUAACAAAUCAUCACCCCAUCACCUCAAUUCAUCCCUUCUCCUCUCAUUCCCAUUUAUCAAACACUCAAUCAUCUAUCCGGGCAGGUCCCUUAACUUCAAUCCUUCUUCCAAACUGUACAUUACUUUCUUUGCAAAUAACCGGAAAGUUAUAUACUGCCAAUACAACAAUGCCUCCACCGACCCUCACUACCACACCACUGCUCAACCUCACCCCCGCUCCCCUCACCCCAGAGGCCUUCUCCGACUUCGGCACAGCAAUAACAUCCCCCUUAGCUCGCAACAUCACCACUCCUCCACCAGAGAGUACCUUGAAGACGCUAACCCCCGUCCCCGUCCUCGCCAAUCAAUCCUCCGCUCUGAAGUACAGCCCGAUCGGGCCAAUGACAGAUGCUUACUCAACCGCUCCGAGCGGCCAGCCCUCUUCCGCCCGCAUGACUAUGUUUUCGUGCUUUCCGCGCAAACUACGCACUGUCGCUCAUAAGAAUGUGAAUGUAGUUGAUGUGCGCAUUCUGGAAAGACACCCCUUCACUACGCAGACUUUCACCCCAAUUGAUUUGUCGAGUCAGGUGAAGACGAUAGGCGCGGGAGGCGAAGUGGAAGAGGAACCGUUUUAUUUGGUUAUUGUGGCGCCGUCGUUGAAGGGCACUACGGCUACUGCGAGGACGGAUGAGGGGGAGAUUGUGAGCGUGGUUGAUCCGCCGGAUUUGAGUCGCUUGAGGGCAUUUGUCGCUAGGGGUGGUCAGGCUGUUACGUAUGGGGCUGGGACGUGGCAUGCGCCUAUGGUGGUUAUUGGGAAGAGGAGGGUGGAUUUCGUGGUGGUGCAGUUUAUAAAUGGGGUUGGGGAUGAGGAUUGUCAGGAGGUGAGAUUUGGGGAGGGGAUCGCUGUGGAGGUUUCGGGUGAGGGGACGAAGAAGGCUUUGGCGAAGCUUUGAGAACGCUUAUGGCAAGGGUUGGAGCUCUUGCGGGGGAUAUGGUUCAUUGUACCUUCUUAUCAAAAUGGCUAAUGUACAUAGAUUGUGAAUGAUUUAUGAGGCUACUGAUAGUAUAGACA